AUGUGGAAGUUGAAGGUUGCUGAAGGUGGACCGUGGUUGACAACCACCAACGGUCAUGUCGGAAGGCAGCAUUGGGAGUUUGAUCCUGAGGCUGGAUCUCCUGAAGAACGAGCUCAAGUUGAGAAAAUUCGCCAAGAAUUCAAGAAGAAUAGGUUUCAAAAAAAGCAAAGUUCCGACCUUUUGUUGCGCAUGCAGCUAAGAAAGGAGAAUUCAUGUUGGCCCACAAUUCCGCGGGCAAUUGGAGUUGAAGAAAUUGAGGAUGUAACAGGGGAAGCCGUUACCACCACACUAAGACUGGGUAUUAAUUUCUAUUCCACCAUGCAAGCAGAUGAUGGACACUGGCCAGCUGAAUCUGCCGGUCCUUUGUUUUUCUUACCUCCAUUAGUUAUUGCGUUGUAUGUCACGGGAGAAUUGAAUGCUGUUUUAUCAAUUGAACAUAAAAAAGAGAUUAUUCGAUACAUCUUCAAUCACCAGAAUGAAGAUGGAGGUUGGGGUAUACACAUAGAGGGCCACAGCAGUAUAUUUGGCUCGGUUCUUAGCUACAUAACAUUAAGGUUGCUAGGAGAAGGCCCUGAAGAUGGAGAAGAUAUGGCAGUGGCUAGAGGCCGAAAAUGGAUCCUUGAUCACGGUGGUGCAGUUGGGAUUCCAUCAUGGGGAAAGCUUUGGCUAACGGUACUUGGAGUAUACGAGUGGGAUGGCUGCAAUCCAAUGCCUCCUGAAUUUUGGCUACUCCCCAAAUUCUUUCCUAUUCAUCCAGAAAAGAUGCUGUGUUACUGCCGCUUGGUUUACAUGCCAAUGUCCUAUUUAUAUGGGAAGAGGUUUGUUGGGACCAUAACUAGAUUGGUGAUAUCUCUAAGACAAGAGCUUUAUGUACAGCCUUAUUAUGAAAUAAAUUGGGAUAAAGCACGAAAUACUUGCGCAAAGGAGGAUCUAUACUACCCACACCCUUUAGUACAAGAUUUGCUGUGGGGAUUCCUACAUCAUUUCGCGGAACCUAUUCUUAAGCGGUGGCCAUUUUCAACAUUGAGAGAUAAGGCAAUGAGAAAGGCAAUGGAACAUGUCCAUUAUGAGGACAAGAGUAGCAGAUACCUUUGCAUUGGAUGUGUGGAGAAGGUGCUUUGUCUAAUUGCUUGUUGGGUGGAAGAUCCGAAUUCAGAAGCAUAUAAACGCCAUCUUGCCAGGAUACCUGAUUACUUUUGGGUAGCUGAAGACGGCUUGAAAAUGCAGUCUUUUGGUUCCCAAACAUGGGAUGCGGCUUUUGCAAUUCAAGCAAUCUUGUCCGGCAAUCUUGAUGAAGAAUAUGGACCGACAAUCAAGAAAGCACACGACUUCAUAAAAGCAUCACAGGUCCAAGAUAACCCUCCAGGAAAUUUCGGUGAAAUGUAUCGCCACAUUUCUAAAGGGGCUUGGACAUUCGCAAUGCAAGAUCAUGGCUGGCAAGUUUCGGACUGCACUGCUGAAGGAUUAAAGGUUGCUCUCUUGUGUGCAGAAAUGCCCUCAGAACUGGUCGGGGAGAGAAUGGAUACAGAACGUUUGUUUGAUGCUGUGAACAUUAUUUUGUCACUACAAAGUAAAAAUGGCGGUUUUCCGGCAUGGGAGCCUCAGCGAGCAUACAGAUGGUUAGAGAAAUUCAACCCUACCGAGUUUUUUGAAGAUGUUCUAAUCGAGCGAGAGUAUGUGGAAUGCACCAGUUCAGCAAUUCAAGGGCUAGCACUAUUUAAGAAGUGGCAUCCUGGGCACAGGAGAAAGGAAAUAGAGAACUGCAUUUCAGGUGGAAUCAAGUAUAUUGAGGAUACACAAGAGCCUGAUGGUUCAUGGUCUGGUUGCUGGGGAAUCUGUUACACAUAUGGGACUUGGUAUGCAGUAGAGGGGUUGGUUGCAUGUGGCAAAAACUAUCACAACUCUGCCGCCCUACGUAAAGCAUGUCAAUUUUUGCUAUCAAAGCAAUUACCUGAUGGUGGAUGGGGAGAGAGUUAUCUUUCAUGCUCAGACAAGGUAUACACUAAUCUAGAAAAAAAUCGGUCAAAUUUGGUGCAAACUUCAUGGGCAUUGUUAUCGCUCAUCAACGCCGGCCAGGCCAAAAUUGACCGGACCCCCAUACAUCGUGGAAUUCGACUACUAAUAAAUUCCCAGUUGGAAGAUGGAGACUUCCCUCAACAGGAAAUUACAGGAGCAUUCAUGAAGAAUUGCACUCUAAACUAUUCAUCUUAUCGAAACAUAUUCCCUAUUUGGGCUAUUGGUCAAUACCGUAGAUGUGUUCUCCUGGCAUGAAUUGCAAGAUCCAAAGGCAGAUUAAGUGGCUACAAACUUUAGUUGUGCAAGACAAUGAAAUUGUCCAUCUAUGGACAUUACCAGAAGUGGUAUCU